AUGUCUAGUAUUCAGAGUAUUGGUGGGAUACAGAGCUGUAUAGAUAUGUCUAGUAUUCAGAGUAUUGGUGGGAUACAGAGCUGUAUAGAUAUGUCUAGUAUUCAGAGUAUUGGUGGGAUACAGAGCUGUAUAGAUAUGUCUAGUAUUCAGAGUAUUGGUGCUAUACAGAGCUGUAUAGAUAUGUCUAGUAUUCAGAGUAUUGGUGCUAUACAGAGCUGUAUAGAUAUGUCUAGUAUUCAGAGUAUUGGUGGGAUACAGAGCUGUAUAGAUAUGUCUAGUAUUCAGAGUAUUGGUGCUAUACAGAGCUGUAUAGAUAUGUCUAGUAUUCAGAGUAUUGGUGCUAUACAGAGCUGUAUAGAUAUGUCUAGUAUUCAGAGUAUUGGUGGGAUACAGAGCUGUAUAGAUAUGUCUAGUAUUCAGAGUAUUGGUGCUAUACAGAGCUGUAUAGAUAUGUCUAGUAUUCAGAGUAUUGGUGCUAUACAGAGCUGUAUAGAUAUGUCUAGUAUUCAGAGUAUUGGUGCUAUACAGAGCUGUAUAGAUAUGUCUAGUAUUCAGAGUAUUGGUGCUAUACAGAGCUGUAUAGAUAUGUCUAGUAUUCAGAGUAUUGGUGGUAUACAGAGCUGUAUAGAUAUGUCUAGUAUUCAGAGUAUUGGUGCUAUACAGAGCUGUAUAGAUAUGUCUAGUAUUCAGAGUAUUGGUGCUAUACAGAGCUGUAUAGAUAUGUCUAGUAUUCAGAGUAUUGGUGGGAUACAGAGCUGUAUAGAUAUGUCUAGUAUUCAGAGUAUUGGUGCUAUACAGAGCUGUAUAGAUAUGUCUAGUAUUCAGAGUAUUGGUGCUAUACAGAGCUGUAUAGAUAUGUCUAGUAUUCAGAGUAUUGGUGGUAUACAGAGCUGUAUAGAUAUGUCUAGUAUUCAGAGUAUUGGUGGGAUACAGAGCUGUGUAGAUAUGUCUAGUAUUCAGAGUAUUGGUGCUAUACAGAGCUGUAUAGAUAUGUCUAGUAUUCAGAGUAUUGGUGCUAUACAGAGCUGUAUAGAUAUGUCUAGUAUUCAGAGUAUUGGUGCUAUACAGAGCUGUAUAGAUAUGUCUAGUAUUCAGAGUAUUGGUGCUAUACAGAGCUGUAUAGAUAUGUCUAGUAUUCAGAGUAUUGGUGGGAUACAGAGCUGUGUAGAUAUGUCUAGUAUUCAGAGUAUUGGUGCUAUACAGAGCUGUAUAGAUAUGUCUAGUAUUCAGAGUAUUGGUGCUAUACAGAGCUGUAUAGAUAUGUCUAGUAUUCAGAGUAUUGGUGCUAUACAGAGCUGUAUAGAUAUGUCUAGUAUUCAGAGUAUUGGUGGGAUACAGAGCUGUAUAGAUAUGUCUAGUAUUCAGAGUAUUGGUGGGAUACAGAGCUGUAUAGAUAUGUCUAGUAUUCAGAGUAUUGGUGCUAUACAGAGCUGUAUAGAUAUGUCUAGUAUUCAGAGUAUUGGUGCUAUACAGAGCUGUAUAGAUAUGUCUAGUAUUCAGAGUAUUGGUGCUAUACAGAGCUGUAUAGAUAUGUCUAGUAUUCAGAGUAUUGGUGCUAUACAGAGCUGUAUAGAUAUGUCUAGUAUUCAGAGUAUUGGUGCUAUACAGAGCUGUAUAGAUAUGUCUAGUAUUCAGAGUAUUGGUGCUAUACAGAGCUGUAUAGAUAUGUCUAGUAUUCAGAGUAUUGGUGGGAUACAGAGCUGUAUAGAUAUGUCUAGUAUUCAGAGUAUUGGUGGGAUACAGAGCUGUAUAGAUAUGUCUAGUAUUCAGAGUAUUGGUGGGAUACAGAGCUGUAUAGAUAUGUCUAGUAUUCAGAGUAUUGGUGCUAUACAGAGCUGUAUAGAUAUGUCUAGUAUUCAGAGUAUUGGUGCUAUACAGAGCUGUAUAGAUAUGUCUAGUAUUCAGAGUAUUGGUGCUAUACAGAGCUGUAUAGAUAUGUCUAGUAUUCAGAGUAUUGGUGCUAUACAGAGCUGUAUAGAUAUGUCUAGUAUUCAGAGUAUUGGUGCUAUACAGAGCUGUAUAGAUAUGUCUAGUAUUCAGAGUAUUGGUGGGAUACAGAGCUGUAUAGAUAUGUCUAGUAUUCAGAGUAUUGGUGCUAUACAGAGCUGUAUAGAUAUGUCUAGUAUUCAGAGUAUUGGUGCUAUACAGAGCUGUAUAGAUAUGUCUAGUAUUCAGAGUAUUGGUGCUAUACAGAGCUGUAUAGAUAUGUCUAUGUUACGUUCCUUUCUAGAAUGA